AUGUACGGGCGUUUUGUGGCUUUCCAGAGCCGGCACGCCAUUCUUACCAGCACGGUUACAGGCGGCGCGGUGAUGAGUUUGGGCGAUACGGCCGUGCAGCUGUCAGGGAGUGGAACUUGGGACUACCAGCGGAAUGGCGUUGUCAGUGCAUACAACGGAGGAAUGUCACCUUUCUUCUAUUACUGGUGGAAGCACCUGGAUAGACUUUGGCCUGGAACUGGGCUAGCAGCAGUGGUGCGGAAGACUCUCAUGAACCAGUUGAUGGUGGCACCAUUCAACAGUGCUUUGUUUUUGACUUGGAGCACGGCUCUGGAGUCAUUGCUCAAGGGUGACAGUGUGGGAGCGGAUGGCAGUGCUUCUGCGAAGAUGAUCUGGGACAAGGUCGCCGGCAAAGCGAAGGCAGAGGUUCCGAACCUGGUGAUGUCUUCCUGCUGCUUCUGGCUUCCUGCGAAUGCAGCCAACUUCAUGUUCAUGCCUCUGCACUUGCGAGUCGUCUUCAUGUCAUCCUGCGCCGUUGUCUGGGGAGCCUACAUAACUUUUGUGGUACACCGCUGA